UAACCUCAGUGUUUGAGUUAUCUGACGAGUUCUACUUACUAUUUGACGACGAAAAUUUUAUCUCGAUCAAGCGAAUGACUUCAAUGACCUCGGUAUUAAAUGAUUAUAUAUUAAUAUCUCUCUUUAAAAACAUGGCCGAGGAAGGGGAAGGCCUACACUCCGUUGGAGGGACCAGAUGGAGAGCGACCUGGUUACACUUGGAAUCUCCGAAUGGCGCCGAACUGCGAAGGAAAGAGAGGAGUGGCGCGCUCUCAUCGAUUCGGAUAUAACCGGCUAAACGGUUGAACGCCAAUCACAUACAUACAAAAAUAUGUACAUCCGAUUGAGUUGUAUACUGGGUUCAACGAAUUCGACCAAAUAAGCCUUUAAAGAAGUCUGCGUGUGUCCCGCACUACGUAAGUGGCUGCUGGCAAUUGCGUUACUCCAACAUGUCUACACAUCAAAAGUUUUACGAGUACUAUAGAUAAAUAAAGCAAUGAAACAAAGGGAAGUGGCAAGAAGAGCCAGCGAAAUACGCUCCCAUAACAAUCAUACAAGAAAGAGGCAAACAAAUUUUCAAAUGAAUUGGAAAAUUGCAAAUUACAAAUGGAGCAACCAAGUUUUUUUUUAUCAAGAGAAAAGUAGAUGAAUGUGUGAUGUGUGUAGUAGGUGGGCAUGGCAACGCCUUAAAGGCACUCUAAUCCUGGACUCCCUCUAAUCAGUGACAACCACGAUGAAAAGAAUCGAGUAACAAAAUGAGAAGACGGCGCAAUAUGCCGCCCAUUCCCACAGCACAACAUGACGUAACGGAGAAAGCACUCACGCCAGCAACAACGCCUACGUCAGCGUUACUAUCUCAGUUAACCGUCGCCGAAGUUAUGGCCGUUACUGUGGCGUUGGCGAACGGGUUGAUUGGCAUUAUUGACGAAAUGCUUGGAUAUGCCAAAAUGUGUGGGCGGCUGCGACACAAUAAAUAUACUACUUAUGCACUACUCAAGCGCAAUUCGGGGAGUUGCAUUUGCCUAUUCGGAAAUCGUGUUUUGAUGACAUCAACGAUUUUUUUUAGUAACGAAGAAGAACUUCCAUAUACGCUUCGAUGUAAAGAACAAUAACAAUAUUUUUAGAAAGCUAUGUGGAGCUUAACGGAAGAUGCGCUGCCAUGCGACCAGUUGAGCUCCAAAUUACUUUCGAUGGAAACAUCGAAAUUUGACAAAGCAUAAUCAUCUGCAUAUUUAAUUUACUUUAUUGCGGUCGUAGAUGAUACGACGAUUAUAUAUCCAUAGGUGCAUGGAUAAUUAUUGACUAUAUAAGU